AAAUUUGUCUCCGAUUUUUGUACGAAUUUUUAAGAAUUCUAUUCGCAGAGAAAUGCACGCUUGUAGGCCUGUGUAUAACCCGAAAUAAAUCCUACUGUGAUUUUUUUAGUUACAGCAUAGCGUUGUGUGGUGCCUGGUUACCAACAAUUCAGAGGAACGAUUCUAACCUGAAGAUGGAAGCUGUGUCUUUCUCCGAUUGAAACGUCAGUAACCAUCUACCAGAUUACACGAUGCAAAGGACAGAAAACCACAAUAUGAAUUUUCAUCGCUAUGAGAACGUCAAAUCUUAACGGAAAUGAAAAUUAUUAUUAAAUUAUUUAAUAAAAUAUUCUCAGACAGCCAGCAUAUCGGACACAUGACCCUGACUUUCAAGAACACAAUGACUCCCAUCAGUAUCAGUUAAUCCUACACAUCUCAGUUAAUUGUAUUUAAAGUGGGCACAGUAGAUCUAUUGAUCGUUCCUGUUUAUCCAUUGGUGGCAGCCAGGCGCCAAGUCGGCGGGCCUGGGACACCAAAGCGUCCCGUAGGACCAGUCCGGUAAGGACCUCGCUCCGUCCGGGUGUUAAUCUCACACGCAGUGACAUCUAUCGGGAGAAAUGUGUAAUCACUCGAAAGGAUCAGUAUUAUCUUCCAUCGCAGAAGUUCUCUGAGAGGUCCAACAUCAACAUGCUGUUGAAGCGUUCUUGCAUUCCAGUGAAACAGCAGUUCCAGUGCUACUGCUGGCAAUGCUCGUUGCAGACAGGCACCAUUCUCGCAGGCUGGACCGGCACUGCGUUAAGCUUGCUCGUGCUGUUGGAGUGCAUCGCCAGUCUGCUGAACCUCGUGCAUUUGUAUUCUGAAGAACAUUCACGAAUCUCCCCAGCAGCCUACGGGUUCAUGUCCCUGCUGUUUCAUGGGUUUCUCAUACACGGGGCCCGAAAUGAGAAUCCUCUGAUGAUUCUUCCUUAUCUCCUCUUCUCUCUCGCGUCCUUCGCCGUGCUGGUUGCCUUCGUGGUCUACAUCCUGCUCAGGUCGUACGUGACAGCAGAACCUACAGUGUCCGUGCUGCUUACAGCCGGAAGUGCUCUUGUUGCGGUUUUAGCAUUCCACAUCUGGGUGGGUAUAUACAGCUACUACACGGAGCUUGAAGACAAACUGAAACCUCAGCCGGAUUUUCAGCUCGAAAACUUGGCUUUUCAGAAAGAAUCAGAGCUAGAAUGCAAUUCCAUCUCCGACUCCCGGACGCCAUUAACCAAGGAGUUCAGCCAUAUACCAGUUCCAGUGUAACGUCUUGCCCUUAAACCGUCAUACGGUAGUUUUCAGUUUAAUUGUCGAUGUUGUUUGUAAUUUAUUUACGCAUAAUAAUUAAAAUAUAUUUAUUCUGGUAAUACUUGUUGUCAAUCAAGCUCUGUAAACAUCGAUCUGUAUUAUGCUGACAUUGAAUAAUAUGGUGCUGGUAUGUGUGCUAGAAUUGGUUCAGAAAUAAUUUGGAAGGUGCUAAUUUCCUAUAACAGCUAAUAAUUAUAGUCACAGUAAGGAAUUGUCAAAUGUAACCAGUGAAACUUUCUUCUACUUUUCAAUUCGUACUCAUUUCAGAAUUUAUACUGUGUGUAAGUAUUCAUAUUGACAUAUGAUAAAGUGAUAAUAGACGACGUUUGGAUUGGUAAUUUGAUUUAUUGACCACUUUAACAUAUGACUCGUGACUACACCUUACAGUUCAAUGUUACACAAGCACUAGUGUUCUCACUCUGUUACAGUCUCCACAAGUCGUUUCCUAGUAACGGCUUUCAACUGCGGCCGUUCCCCCUUUUCCUUGCCUCAGCUAACAUUUUCUCACGGCAACAGCUCACAACGGCAGUAAUGCAGUUGUCUGACUAAGUAACUCACCAACCAACUUUUCAUUUCCCUGUACUGCACUGCAUUCUCUCACUACUUGUUCUGAGUAUAACAUCUCGGCACGGACCGCACAGAAAACACCUUUCCCCAUGCUGCUCAAUCGUUGUUUAUUAGGACUCUGUUGCUUAUCAGCGGGCGUUGUUUAUAGGAUCAUUACUUAGCAACGGGUCUACAUGCUACAACAUUUCUAAACUUCUACCGAGUGCAGAAGCCCGAAGUGUAUCACGGCCAAAACUGAGGUUUUCGUGGUUCUCCUUAGUUUCUUCAGGCAAAUUCUGUGAUACACUCUCAAUUUGACGAUGAUCGACCCCCUUCCUCGUUCUUUGCAAUUCUUA